AUGUCUGAAGGCGCAGAGUAUUGUAUAACAUGUCCUUCAGCAGGAUGGAGAUGUUUGUGUUCUGGCGAGGACACUGUGUUGGAAGACGAAUCAUUGGAUCACACAGUGGAGACACCAACAGUCGAGAACCCCGAAGAGUGCGUCCUCUGGUACUUUAACUAUUUCCUUGGAAAGAAGCAUCAUAACUAUUUGGCAGCGGAUGAGGUCACUGGCGAAGUGUUUGGAGUAUCGAUUUUGAAGGAGGAGACACAUGUUGGUGAUCUGUCGUACAAGGUCAUUGUGUGGACAGUCGAUGGCGUUGAGAAACAGAUGUUUCAAUGCAAGGCUAGACAUGCACCAUCCACAAUGGACAUUGUCAGGAAGGCCGCACCAAAGUUACAAUUCAAGAAGUUAAAAGAGAUUGAAUCACUCGACAUUCUACAGGACUUUAAAGAGUUGGAGGCAUCACGUAUCGAACGCAACUAUAAGAUUGGUAUGCUGUUGGCCAAAGAAGGACAGACCAAAGAGGACGAGUUCUACCAAAACUGCGAGGGCAGUGAGCGCUACCACGAGUUCCUCAAGCUCAUUGGCAAUGAGGUCGAGUUGAAGCAGUUCAAAGGUUAUAGAGGUGGUCUUGAUGUUACAAAUAAUGCAACUGGAACACACUCAUAUUAUACCAACUGGAUGGACUAUCAGGUGAUGUUCCAUGUGUCAACUAUGUUGCCUUAUGCACCAGAGGCCACACAACAAAUAGAGAGAAAGAGACAUAUUGGUAAUGACAUUGUGAUCGUCAUCUUUUAUGAUGUUGAUCCAAACUCAAACACAGACUUUAUACCAUGGGAGGUAUCAUCAAUCAAUUCAAAGUUCAAUCACAUUAUAGCACUUGUAAGACCAGAUGGUAACGACAACUACAAGUUGGAAAUAGUACUCAAGGACACCAUCGCCAACUUUGGUCCAACAAUGCCAUUCCCGGCAGUAUUCCCCAAACACUCAUUCAAACAGUUCCUGAUGGCCAAGUUGGUCAAUGGACAAAGAGCAGCAUUACAUUCUGCACCAUCAUUCACAGUUAAGCUACAGAGGACAUUCAAAGCACAUCUACAAUUGAUAUUCGAGAAGUACUAUGCAGCACAACAAACAAGUACCGUACCCAACUAUUUGGCCAACAAAAGAAGAUCAGCGUCCUAUACCAAUCAUCAUAUUUCCAAAGGCAAUGAGUUGCGCGCCAAAGAGUUUGCCAGCGGCAACCUUGGCCUCAAGGAGACGAGCAAGUCACUCAAUAUAUUCGAAACAGACAUACUAUUCUCCAAAGCAUUCGAUAGUAUCAACUGUGUGGACGUCAUCGAAUCGGACGGUAUCACAUGUAACUUGAUCUUUGCCACAACAGAUGGCAUUUAUAUCUUUAAGAAUGGUACCUCAUCAAAUGAGAGCAGUAGCUGUUACCAACGUGUGGCCAGACUGAAGGGUGCCAGCAAGUUGACAGUGGUGCCCGCACUCAACAUUGUACUUGUACUCACUCCCAAGGGCCUGCACAUGUUUGAUCUGGAGGAGCUGCAACAAGAGUACACGCACAAGUGCACUCGUCGAGCAUUCCCCGACGCAGCCACAGCCAACAACAACGAGCCGACACCCAAGCGUUUGGAACAUUCAAAGGGCUGCACAGUGUUUGCCAUGUCAAAGCUGCGCGGUAGCAAGAGCCCCGACUCAGAGUCCUUGGCCAAGAACAACAUCACAUUGCUAUAUGUGGCUCUCAAGAAGACACUGCUGAUGUUUGAGUGGCACAAUGGCGAGUUCCACAAGAGCAAGGAGAUGCAGGCACAUGAUGCGAUCAAGACGGUGUGCGCGUUGGCCCCAGGCAUGGUGUGCAUUGGCCUGGCCAAGGAGUUCCUGCUGUUCGACAUGUACACUGGCGUCAUGAAGGAGCUGUACAAGAAGGCCGACAGCGAGCCGGUGCGUGCAAUGUCGCUGGACACCGAGAUCUUCCUCUGCUUCAACAACAUUGGAUUCUUUGUCGAUGAGCGUGGAGUGCGCACUCGUAACUACGAGAUCAAGUGGGGCUCCAUACCCAAGGCCAUCGUACUGUCGCCACACUAUAUACUGGGCGUGUCAGGCCAGCUACUAGAGAUACGCACGUUGGUCAAUGGUAACAUCAUACAAUCAUUGCCAACGUUCCAAACCAGUAAUAAUGGCAUUAGUACGUCGUCCAGUUCAUCGCCGACACUCGAGUCACAACAACAACUGUUGCAUCAAAACAAGGUUAACUUCUCAAUCUACAAUGAUAUGACCUACUUAGAGAAUGGUAAUAUCUACGUGGCCACAUCGUAUCAAGGCACCUCAUGUAUAGUUCGAGUCAGUCAACAGGCCACUGGCAAUCAUUGUGGCGACAGCAGUAGACCAAUGCCAAUGUCAUGGACCAACAAUGUAUCAUACCUCAACUUGUAA